AUGGUCAGCGUCAAGUCGAUGGCCGGCGUCGUCAGCACGGGUUUCCUGGACUGGGUCGGCUCCGACUCCAUGCCGCCGGCCACGGCGCUGCAGACGUGGCUUUCGGAGGGCAGCCCAGCCGCGGCAGUCAACCCGCAGAAUUCGGGCGAGCAGCUCUCCAACCCUGACGAGCAGGACAACCUGGCGCAGCAGGCUCCGUCCGGGGACGAGGCCGCGAAGCUCGGGGUAGAGCGUGCCUCCACCCUGACGGUCCCCGAGGGGGACGACGGUGGCGGCACGGGCUCUUCCAGCCCCCGCCCAAGCGUCGUCUCCUCCAAGAGGAGCGGAGAGGGCCUCCAGGAUCGGAUCGCGUCCAAUCCGGACAACCCUCAGAUCAGGGUGCAGGCCCUGAUCAACGGGGACUGGGUGGACAGCAGCCAGAGGGAAGUGAAGCAGAUCAGCUACCACCUGGCCGCCGGCGAGAGCAAGUUCACCGUCGCGGCGCGAGGCACGCUGUACGUCGUGGACUUCAGCAACCCCGAGGGCGCCACGCAGACGAAUCCGGCCACGGGGAGGGUGCGCCAGCUGCGGGUCCUCGAGACGGCCGAGGACUCCGAGAGCAGCUUUCCCGAGGCCGGGGACCGGCAGGCUGGCGGCAGCGCCGGGCCGCCGCGCCGCCAGGAGUCCAGCGACGCGGCAGCUGCCCUGCAGAGACGGUACGGGCCGCAGAGCAAGCGCGGCGCAGCGCCCCAGUACCAGCUCGGCGUGCUGGAGCACAACCCGCACGCGCGCGAGUGCUUCGCGAAGCUGGCCGCCAACGAGGAGGCGCUUUGCGACGAGUGGGCCGCCUUCUACCACUCCUACUCCUUCGCGGCCCUGGUCUACGAGGUCCACGCUGCUGUCGCCGCCGUCCUCUUCCGCUUCAGGUCGGAGUUCGCCUCGCUGCCCAGGCUCCUGGCGGGUGAGUUCGCCACGAUGCCGAACGCGAAGGCAUUGCUGGAUCGCUUCAACCGGGAGUUCGCUUCUAGUUCCAAGGACCACCACCCCGCAUUCCGCAAGGUGGCGAUCUCCGCCAUGUGCUCGCUGGUUGCCCUUGGUCCCGAGGCCUCUACUCCCGUCGUUUUCGUCUCAGGCUACAGCGAGAAGGAUCUGAACUUCCUCUCUGUCCUCGAGGGCUUGCUGAUCUCGUGCUACGUGCCGAAGAGCAAGGUCAAGAAGUUGGCGAGCAGCAUAAUUGCCCUGUCCGAACAGCACGGCCUCGACGUCUCGCAGUUCGGCGGCAAGCCUUGCGAAAGCCGAAACGCCGGGCACUUGCUCCAAAUAUUCAUCAAGCGGAAGUUAGUGGAUCAGCUCGCAUACGCCUCUCAACCGUAUGGGCUCUUGGAUCCAGACCGGCAUCCGCUCUCGGACUGGGUUAACGGGGACGUGAACGCGAAUUACGGUCAGGUGCGAGUUCUGGCUCACCCGAAGUUGUUCAUGUCGGCAAAGUCCGUGCGCAUGUUCGUUGUCAGUGCGGACCCGGUCUUCCACAGGAGCCGCCAGAAGUUCCAGGAGGAGCUGACCAAGCUGCUGGACGUGAUCCUGGGCGACCCGGCCCUGCGGCUCAGGGCCGCCACGGGCAUCUGGGGCGGCAAGCUGCCCCCUUGGUGGACGAGCGAGGACCAGCGCGCGCACCGCCCAGCGCCCAAGGCCCCGGCCGACGGUCAGAGGCCGCCCUCGAGGGCCGCGCCGCCCGAGAAGCGGAGGGCGGGCCCGCUGCCGCCCACGUCGUGAGGCUUCGGCCGAUCUCUCGGGGGACGCCAGCGAUCCACCUAUACGCUCGAGUCGGGCCCGUCCCUCUG